AAAGAUAAUUUAUAAAAUAAAACUGUAGAUAUUAUUACUUUAUAAAAUAAAUAUCUACACUUAAUUAAUAAUAUUGUGUAUUAUAAUCGAACAUGUUACAGUUGAUUUCUUUUACGAUUAUAGAUUUUUAUAGGUCGUCAAUUAUGCAAUAUGUUAAUUACAUAUGAUAAAGUUUUAACAAUAUAUUAAAUUUUUAAUAAAUUUGACCAGUGCAACUAUUUUAAGAAAUGUACUAGUCCGUUUAAAAUAAAUAAAUUAUUAUAUAGUUUUUAAAAUGAUUAUUAUGUAGUUGUAGUUAUUUUAACUUUAAUUUGAUUAUAGAAUACUAAAACACACAAACAAAAUAUUUUAUGAAUAAUGUUAUUCUUUAAAAUAAAAAUAUUUUAAAUCAAUGCAGUACAUAUUAAAUUUACAAUGAAUUUUUCUUACAAGUGAGAUAUCUCUUAAAUUUUUAUGAUAUUGUAUUACAAUACAUGUUACUAGACUUUGAAAGCGCGGGUUUAUUUACGAAAUUAAAUAAAUUAUUUUUAUAUAAUUUAUAUAUAAUAUAAUGUAUAAGUUUGAAUACAUUUACCCAGAUGCACUAAACCGUACCCCCACUGGAAAAAUAAAAUAAAAUUAAGCUGAAUUUUAUAAAACCAAGCAUAUCAUAUAUAUUUGGAACCGAAAAAUAGAAACCGAAUUGAAAACCAAAUGAAUACUUAAAAUUUUAAAAUACAAAUUAUCUACCUACAAAUAUUAAUUAUAUUUAAUUUCUAAAUAAUCAAAUAUCCUAAAAAUACUAUUUAUAAACCAAAUUAUGCAAAAAAAUUAAUGACUUGAAUAUUUUUUAUUCAAAUAAUUAAUAGUUAAGUAUUUAUCCUUUUUUUUCAAACAACCUAAACUACCCGAUUUAAAAUGCAAGAUAUUUUACAUUUGUGAAAAUUCAAUAAAACGUAUCAUAUGCAUUGUUAGAAUUUGUAAAAUAAAUAAAUAUGUUCUAUUUAAACCAGUUUUUUAUUACUAAUUCCAUUUAAAUCUCCUGCCUAUAAAUUCUUGCAAUAUAUUUCUUUUGUAAGUAUUCAAUAUUAAAUUUAAGUGACUACCAUAUUUCAAAAUACAACUAAUUUAUACAAGUGUUGCAAUUUAAUUGACUAAAAGAGUUAUUAAUUCUAUGAAAUAAAUACAUUGAACUUUCAAUAGUAUUAUAUAGUAACAUGGUAAGUAACUAAAUGAGUGAAAAAAAAUACAAGAGAAAGAAAUUACAAUAAAGAAUUGUACACAAUAAAUCAAUAUUUUUUAACAGUUAGGCAUCGUCCAGACCCCCGAAUAAUCCGCCUAAUCGUUAGUCGUCUAUUUAGGUAAAAACUUUAAUGGUAUAAAUUUUUUCCUUGCUGUAAAUUCUUGCAAUAUAUUAAUUUUGUAUGUAUUCAAUAUUAAAUUUUAUUGACUACCACAAUUCAAAAUACAACUAAUUAAUACAUGUGUCACAAUUUAAUUGAUUAAAAGCAUCAUUAAUGCUAUGAAAUAAAUACAUUGAACUUUCAAUGCUAUUAUAUAAUAAUAUGGUAGGUUAUUUAACGAGAGGAAAGAAAUUCAAGAGAAGAAAUUAUAAUAAAGAGACUGUACACAACAUAGCAAAGUAAAGAACUCACCAAAUUAGAGAGAAGAUAAGCCUUAUAUAUAUUUUAUUUGAGCUGGUUAUUCAUGACAUGCAUAAUAUAAUUCUCCAAAACUCACAAUACCUCUCGACUUCGUGAUUUCUUAUUCUGUUUUGGCAAUUAUGGCUGCGAAUUCAUGGACACAAGAAGAGAACGAGCAGUUCAAGGAUGCAGUGCAGAGGUUCUCUGCGUUUUUUCCCGAUCGGUUCGAGUGUAUAGCCCAGCGUCUACAGAAAUCGGUGGUCGAUGUUAAGGAGCAUUACCAGGAAAUGGCCGAUGAUCUUCUAGAGAUCAGAUCGAGUCAAAUAGCUUUAUCUAAUGGGAUGUUCGAUGCAGUUGAGCCGAGUUGGUGCCGGAUCGAGAAACCUAUAUGGGACAUAGAGGAACAUGAGUAAGUAUACAAUAUAAUGAGUAAAGGUUUUCCAUAGCUGAUGAAAUCUGCAUUUUCAUGCACGUAUGAGUUUAUAUAUUAUAUCAUAAUGUCGAUAGAGUAUAUAAUGGUGUUAUUUCGUGGAUCUAUGUUCGGAAUCAAUAAGACUAACACAUUCUCUUAUUAGCUGCUACGAAAUUCGCGUAGUGAUAAAAUGUUUUUUUUUCUUUUUUUCACAGCGUAGUGAUAAGAUGUUAAUAGAUGUUUUGUGGCCAUAAGUAUUUUCUUCUUUUAAUAUCAUUUGAAUCAGUUAUGUCAUUAAAUAAUCGCAUGGUGGUGAACAUGGUUGAAAGUGGAUUGAUCUCAUACUCAUAAUUUGAAUCUGUUUAAAAUAACACAAUGCAGAUGGUUCCUGAUCGGGUUAGAGCAGUUUGGGAGAAACUGUGACAAAAUAGCGGUCUUAUUGGUUACCAAAACCCCGAUGCAAGUGGCUAUCUAUGCACGUAACUUCUUCUAUUGGCACAACUCAAAGAACAAUGUCUUGAAGCGGCGGAGAACCAUGGACAUAACUAUGGGGGACCUCAGAGUGGACUCAUCUGGCCAACAAAACAGAACUAUGAGGGGCAUCAAUAGGGACUCAACUGGCCAAGAAGAGAGACCUAUGGGGGGCGUCAAUGUGGGACUCAACUGGUCAACAAGAGAGCCUAGUUCCUUCGCAGCCGCACGACAACAAGGGCUAGGCGCGCUGGAAACCGGUCAGGAUGCUCAUUUCUGAUUCUGAAUCAAAUAACCUUCCAUGAGUGUAAACAAGAACAUACAAUUUCGUUGUGAAACUAUUUAAAGCUCAAGGACUUUUAGUGCAUUUUGAAUUUUGUUUUGCAAUUUUUUUCUUUUAUAUAAACCUCCAUGGUUAUAUAUUUCUGAUUGUUGAAUCUGAAUUCCAUUUAUCAUAAUAUAAGUUGAGGUUAAAAAACAAAGACGAAAGGGAGUAUAAUAGGUGGGUUAGAUACUAAAUAAAAUAUAAUUGGGGUCUAUUUACUAAAUUAAAGAAAACACGAGGGUAAAUCUUGUUAUUUCCCCUAUUAAUAUCACAAUAAAUCCUAGAGAGAAAAAAAAAAGAGAAAACCCUCGAGAGAUAUCAGGUUCCCUUUGUUUUUUUUGAGAUCAGAGUUUUCCCAACAACUUUCUUGUUGCUUCUAUCGCAGUCCUUCUUGAGAAACCGCUUGCAAAUAUAAACCUUAUCGAAUCGGGUCGAUGUCCUAUUACAAAUUAUGCGGAUGGGAGCCCAUCUCAGACCAAAUAUAUGGAGAAAGAAAAAAAAAAGAGGGGAAAAUCUUGGACAGAAGAGGAACACAGGCUUUUUCUGGAGGGACUAGCGAAAUAUGGGAGAGGAGAUUGGAAGAACAUAUCGAGAAAGAGUGUGAAGACAAGGACCCCAACCCAAGUCGCAAGCCAUGCACAAAAGUAUUUCCUGAGGCAAGAGGCCCAGAAGAAGGCAAAGAAGCGCUCCAGUAUCCAUGACAUAAAUUCGAUAGAUCAUGCUGCUAACAAUGUAUCCGCACCUCCAUCCGACUUGGACUCUACGAUGGGCCAGCCACCUUCUGAUCAGCAGGUGCCUCAAGACCAUCAUCAUUCCGACGAGGACUAUUGGACUUCGGUGAUGAAUAUGUAAAUUCCAAACUACGCUAACUUUUUUAUUAAUUGGCUUUUGGUUCUUAGUUUUUCUUCUUCUUCUUUUUGUACAUCUAAGUUAUUAAACAAUCCUAAUUUGUUUAUAGCCUUUGUUACUUUUGUCUAACCAGAAUUUUGGAAGCCACACUAGUCAUGUUCAUUCUUGAGUGUGCUUAGAAAAUCUUGAUGUGAAAUAUAGGAUCAAGAACACUUUCGAACGGAUGUAAUCUCUACUCUGUAAAUAUCACAUAAACUACCCUCAAGCGAUGAUAGAGGAAACUUAUUUCUUGUUUGAUAACUACUCAAGGAUUUUGAUACAGGCAUACAGCCCGUGAUAAUCCAAGAAAUAAGUUUCCUCUUUCAUCAAAGUCUUCCAUUUACUAGUUUGAUAGGAUCGUACGUAUAGUAACAAAUUUCUUGGAUAUUAUCACCGGCUGUAUGCAUGUAUCAAAAUCCUUGAGUAGUUAUCGAACGAUAAAGGAUCAAACUAGUAAUUUUUCUUAUAUCUUUUCCAACACAACGACACAUUUACAUAAAUAUGUUAGUACUUAAGUAAUUCCAUAUUAAUAAUUAACGAGAUAACUAGCCGAACUAGAGUUUUCAUAUGUCAUUUUGGCUUUUGAAUCGAAGAGUACGUGAUAGGAGAGGCUAAAUAGAAUCUGUAUAUUGUUUGGAGUUUUAUUCAAAAACAGGAUUGUCAUUUUGACUUAUAAAAUUUGACUUAAAUGAAAACCAUUUUGUAUGAUAUUGUUAGAUCCGGUUCUGUAAAAAUCUAAUCUAUGUUGGCUUGUUUUUCAGUAUACACUUAAACCAAUGUAAACCAAAAUAACAUUUCAGUAUAAACUGAAUUUGUACUAAAUUGAAUGUGACAACAUGUUCAAAAAUGUAAGCGGUAUCUAGGCGCUUCUUUACGCAGUAAAACAGUUAUAGCCGCAACGUUUUUUUAAAUCUAAUUAUGCUAUUCAAAUCGGUUUAAAUUGUUUAAAUCCAUCUAAUCGAUUGUACAUUUGUUUAGUCAAACAACAAUGCUAGUGCAAAUCCAUAAAUUUGUUUAAUCUUUUUAUUUGUAUAUGUUAUUUUAAUAAUUCAUCAAAAUAAUUUUAUAAUAAAAUAAAAAAACUAAGAUAUCUAAUUAAAUUAUAAAAUAUAUCAAUAUUUGUUAAUGCCUACUUACCUAGGCCUAAUCCUGAAUAAUCCGUAUAAUCUCUAGUCUUCUUUCAUUUAAGUAAAAAAUCUUAAUGGUAUAUAUUUUUUUCCCUGCUAUAUUUUUUGCAAUAUAUUUGAUUUGCAAGUAUUCAAUACCAAAAUUUAAGUGACUACCAUAUCUCAAAAUACAAUUAAUUUAUACAUGUGUUGCAACUUAAUUGAUUAAAAGUAUCAUUAAUGCUAUUAAAUAAAUACAUUGAACUUUGAAUAGUAUUAUAUAGUAACAUGGUAGGUUACAUGAGUGGAAAAAAAUUCAAGAGAAAGAAAUUAUAAUAAAGAGAUUGUACACAACAUAGCAAAGUAAAGAACUUACCAAAAUUAGAGAGAAGACCCAUAAGCCUAAUAUAAAUUAAUGUUAGUUGAGUUGGUUAUUCAUGACAUGCAUAAUAUAAUUUCUUCAAAACUCACAAUAUUUCCUCUCGACUUCGUGAUUUCUUAAUCUGUUUUGGCAAUUAUGGCUGCGAAUUCAUGGACAAAUGAAGAGAACGAGCAGUUCAAGAACGCAGUGCAAGUGUUCUCUGCGUUUUCACCCAAUCGGCUUGAGCUUAUAGCCCAAUUUCUAGGGAAAUCGGUGGUCGAUGUUAAGGAGCAUUACCAGGAAAUGGUCGAUGAUCUUCUAGAGAUCAGAUCGAGCCAAUUAGCUUUAUCUAAUGGGAUGUUUGAUGCAGUUGAGCUGUGCCAGAUCGAGAAACCUAUAUGGGACAAAGAAGAACAUGAGUAAGUAUACAACAUAAUGAAUAAAGGUUUUCCAUAUUUGAUAAAGUCUACAUUUUCAUGCUGAUUAUAUUAUAACAUCGAUAUAAAGAGUAUAUAGUGGUGUUAUUUCGUGGAUCUAUGUUUGGAAUAAAUACGACUAACACAUUCUCUUCUUAGUUACUACGAAAUUCGCAUAGUGAUAACAUAUUAAUCAUAGAUGGUUUGUGGCUAUAAGUUUUUUUUAAAUCUCAUUUGUAUCAAUUAUGUCAUUAAAUAAUUGCAUGGUGGUGAAACAUGAUUGAAAACGGAUUGAUCUCACACUCAUAACGAAAUUGAAUCUGUAAAAAAAUAACACAAUGCAGAUGGUUCCUGAUUGGGUUAGGGCGGUUUGGGAGAAAUUGUAACAAAAUAGCGGUCUUAGUGGUUACCAAAACCCCGAUGCAAGUGGCGAUCUAUGCACAGAACUUCUUCAAUUGGCACAACUCACAGAACAAUGUAGUGAAGCGGCGGAGAACCGUGGACAUAACUAUGGGGGACAUCAGAGUGGACUCAACUGGCCAACAAGGGAGAACUUUUGGGGGCAUCAAUGUGGGACUCAACUGGCCAACAAGACACGAGAACCUAGUUCCUUUGCAGCCGCAACAACAACAAGGGCCAGUUGCGCUGGAAACCGGUCAGGAUGCUAACAUUUCUGAUUCUGAAUCGAAUAAUCUUCCAUGAGCGUAAACCAGAACAUAAAAUUUCAUUGUGGAACUAUUUAAAACUCAAGGACUUUUAAAGCAUAUUGGAUUUUAUUUUGCGAUUUUUUUCCUUUUGUAUAAACCUAUGGUUAUAUAUUUCUGAUUGUUGAAUUUGAAUUCUGUUUAUCAUAAUAUAAUUUGAGGUUAAAAAACAAAGACCGAAGGGAGUAUAAUUAAUUGGGGGGUGGGGGGUGGGGUUAGAUACUAAUAUAAUAUAUUUGGGGUCUAUUCACUAAAUUAAAGAAAAACGAGGGUGAAUCUUGUGAUUUCCCCUAUUAUUUUCUCUAUAAAUCCUAGAGAAAAGUGUGAAAACCCUCGAGAGAUAUCAGGUUCCUUUUGUUUUGUGAGAUAAGAGCUUUCCUAAACAACUUGGUCGUUGCUUCUAACAUAUCUUAUGGGUUCGAAGCAGUGGACGAGGUAUGAGGACAAACUGUUUGAGAGUCUUCUGUUGAAGUUCCCAGAAAAUACUCCCAAUAGGUUUGAGGCUAUCGCCGAACAUCUUAAUGUACCGCUUGAAGAGGUGAAGCACUACUACAAAGCUUUGGUCCACGAUAUUAACCUUAUCGAAUCGGAUCAAUAUCCUACUACUAAUUAUCCAGAUGGGAUCCCAUCCCAGACCAAACAUAUGGAGAAAGAAAAAAAGAGGGGAAAACCUUGGACAGAAGAGGAACACAGGCUUUUUCUGGAGGGGCUAGAUAAAUAUGGGAAAGGAGAUUGGAAGAACAUAUCGAGAAAGAUUGUGAUGACAAAGACCCCAAUGCAAGUCGCAAGCCAUGCACAAAAGUAUAUCCUGAGGCAAGAGGCCAAGGAGAAGGCAAAGAAACGCUCCAGUAUCCAUGACAUAACUUUGAUAGAUCUUGCUGCUAACAAUGUAACCGCACCUCGAUCCGACUUGGACUCUACGAUGGGCCAGCCACCUUCUGAUCAGCAGGUGCCUCAAGACCAUCAUCAUUCCGACGAAGACUAUUUGAUUGAGAAGAUGUAUACGUAAAUUCCAAACUAUAAAAUCUUUUUUAUUAGUUGGCUUUUGCUUCUUAGUUUUUUUCUUCUUCUUUUUGUACAUCUAGUUAUUAAACAAUCCAAAUUUGUUUAUAGCCUUUUUUACUUUUGUCUAACCACAAUUUUCGAAGGCACACUAGUCUUGUUCAUUCUUGAGUGUGUGCUUAGAAAAUCUUGAUUAAGCGUAGUACUAGUAACACUAACUAAAUGAUCAAUGGUUAUAUUUAGACAAUGUGAAAGGCUCUUAGAGCAGCAUUAAAGCAAAGGGGAAGAGGAUGGGUUCUAAUUUUUUUUUUUAUUAUUAUUUUUUUUGUUUUCUUCCAUUU